CACGGGCUUAGAUAAGUACUUCCGUACCAAGGACAGGUGCCCUAGGCCUAUGAACAUGCACUCACAAGAACUACCGAGAGAUUGAUGGGGGAAGGCCUGUGUGAUAGAGGAAAUGGCAGACAUGGGACUAGAAGAGGAACUAUCCUGUCCUAUCUGUCUGGAGUUGUACCAGGAUCCAGUUAGUUUACCCUGUCAGCACAACUUCUGUCGGGAGUGUCUAAACAUCCACAUACAGCAACACAUAGACACCUCCACAGCGAAGGGGACACAGUUCCACUGCCCCUCGUGUAGAUGUGCCUUCAAACUAAAGGAUCAACUCAUUUCUAGACUACCAAAGAAUCUUGUUUUAGCAAAUAUAAUUAGUAGGUUUCAAUCCCGCAAGCCUGAAACUACAGAAACAGAAGCUGGAUCAAGACAUGAAAAUCAAGGUGUAGUGUGCCAGGUACAUAGGAAAUCCCUGAGUGUGUUUUGUAACACCUGUGACCGAGCGUUAUGAACCAAAUGCCUCGUUGAUCACCAAGGCCAUCACACCCAGGAUUUAGAGGAUAAAGUAAUGUCUUGUAAGCUAUAUCUAGGAUUGAUAUCAUUCUUCUAGGAUGAAGUGAAGCAGUCAGUCUUGCCAAAGAUAACUAAACUGAAGAAUUGCCUUGACAGUGCUCAACAAGAUCUUAUUGUCUGUCAAAACAGUGCUGAGGAAGAGAUCAGAAAUGACUGGCAAGUAGUGAUGGACACUUUCAGUAUGCUGAGAUCAGCUUUGAACCAAAAAGAAUCAGAGCUGAAUUCAAACUUACAAACCAAGAAAGAAGAUAUCUGUUCUUAUUUCAAAACAGAAUUGCAGAAAAUAGAUAGUCAGCAGGAUUCUCUCAAACAGCUUGAGAGUCAAGCGAUGACUGUCGCAGGACAAUAUCCAGUUUCAGAAACAUACAACCCAGAUUUCAACAAGUACAGAGAACUACAUGAGGAGCUAGCACAACUCGAGUCUGAGCUUUACAAGCCAGGUCCUGUAGGUCCCUGGUACAAAGAUGAUCCACGAACUGCACGCUCAAAACAAGAUAUAUGUGACACAUUGUUGAGGAUGACAAGUGAUCUGGACAAGUUGGAUGUCUCCGUUAACAAACAAUCAGAUAAUCCAUUCGGCUUGGAAAGUGCAGUGCAAGGUCUUAAGUUGCACUCGAAGUCUAAAAUGAUACCAAAUACAACAGGAAAACUGCAGCAUUCCAAUCCUUUAACCAGUAACGCUACUGAUCCUAUGAAACGAAACACAGAGGGUCCAAAACUGAUUCAUGCAGCAGAUGAGAAUUAUAGGCGAGCUGAAGACACUGAUAUCCCCAUACCCAGGAGUGAAUCGACAGUAAAACAGCCCGACAAGAAGACGCAGCGAGAUUUUUUAAAGAAAAUGUUGUGCAAAUCAUUGAAAAAACAUUUAGAAGUUUACAUAGUUUCAAAAAGUUGGUUAGAAAAACAUCAGACUUUCUUAAAUAAGAGGGAAGGAGAUGGCAUUAAUCCGGGCCCGGUAGACAAUUCUUCCAUCAUGGAAACUGGUGAUAAUUUGAGUUCAAAUUUGUUGGAGAGAUAUGAUUUUGUUGCUCUUAAUGAAUCUGGAUGGUCAAGGAUUGUGAAGUGGUACGGGCUCAAAGAAGGACAAAAGCCAAUCAAACGCAAGGUCAUAUCUGAAGGACUGCUGUCUGGAGCUCUUAGUGUAGAGAUCUAUCCAAUGAAAGUUGUUCUUGCAUGUGCUGGUCAAAGGUCAUGUCCGCAUUAUAGUAAAUCAGAUUCACUUGGAUUCUUGAAGCAGGAAUUUCACAGAAUUUUCAAGAUUUUUGAUAACAAAAAUUUGCAAAUGAAAAUCAAAGUAGGAGGUACCAGUACGAACUUUUGGAUAAACCUAUUCAGUGAGUCCGAUACCUGCUCACUAAAGGAUGCUGGGAUAACCCAGGGAACCGAAAUACACUGUGAUGUUGAAUGAACUGAACAAGAAAAUUUUCCUUCUACUGUUAGGAGGCAUGUCUUAGUACUAAUACAUUUUUAGCUGGUGUCUACCUGGAAUGGAGCCCGAUAUAGUUUGCAAACAGAAAUGGCCUUGACAUUAUUUUCAUGGUCACGGGUGAAAUAUAUCAAAAUUUUCAAACAACUUUUCCUGAAGAACCAAAAGGCCUAGAGUCAUUUUUUUGGCUGGUAGUAUCCUUGAAGGGAGUCUGUCAAAGUUUGCAAAUGAAAAUGACCUUAAUCUACUUUCACGGUCACAGGGGUCAGAUACUCUGUCAAAAACUUUAAAUGAUUUGAUCUGAAGAACAUAAACGCCUAGGGUGAUAACAUUAAGCCAGUAGCAUGCAGAGGGGAAGGGCUAUCAGGUUUGUUGAAGUGAACUUGAAUGAUUUUAAUCCACUUUAAGGGUCGCGGGGUCAAAUGUGUCAAAACCUUUAAAUGACUUCCGACUAACCAAAAGUCAGAGAGAGAUGAUAUUUUGCAAGUACUUGUAUUGUGCUAAAAUGAAAGGCUAUCAGUUUGUUCAAAUGAAUGGCCUACCCAGAUAUUCAAGGUCACAGGGGUAAAAUGUACCUGUGUUUGGGUGGUUGGGUUGCACAGUGGAUAACACACCAGCCUUUCGCCAUGGACGUGAAAAGUUAUGGGUUCACCUGCCCGACCACAUGGGUUUUCUCCGGGUACUCUGGUUUCCUCCCACAUUAAGAUUCCUGC